UUAAUCCUCAGAAGGUAGGUACAGUAAAGUUACAGCGCGAGGCCGAUGCGACACGUUGGCAGCGUGUUUCUUAAGCUUUAGCUAUUUUUCUUCUUCUUCUUCUUCUUCAGAGCUCUUCCAUUUAACAGAAGGAUGAGUGUGGGUUUCAUAGGUGCGGGCCAGUUGGCCCACGCUCUGGUGAGAGGCCUAUCGGCUGCAGGCGUUAUUGCCACCCACAGAAUCACAGCCAGUUCCCCAGACACAGAUCUACCAACAGUGCAGGGACUGAGGAAACUGGGUGUGAAUUUCACAACCAGCAACAAAGAGACGGUGCACAAGAGCGACAUCAUCUUCCUGGCUGUGAAGCCCCACAUCAUUCCCUUUGUGCUGGAUGAGAUUGGGUCAGACAUCGAAGAUCGUCACCUUAUUGUGUCCUGCGCGGCAGGCGUCACCAUCAGCUCCAUAGAGAAGAAGCUGCAGCAGUAUUUUGCCACUCCAAAGGUGAUGCGUUGCAUGACCAACACUCCAGUGGUGGUGCGUGAAGGGGCCACUGUGUAUGCCACGGGCACACAUGCGAAUGUGGAGGAUGGGAAGCUUCUGGAGCAGCUGAUGGCCAGUGUGGGAUACUGCACGGAGGUGGAAGAGGACCUGAUUGAUGCUGUUACUGGUCUCAGCGGCAGUGGCCCUGCUUACGCUUUCACUGCUGUAGAUGCACUUGCUGAUGGUGGAGUGAAGAUGGGCCUUCCCAGGAGACUGGCUGUACGCCUCGGAGCCCAGGCCAUGCUGGGGGCAGCUCGAAUGCUGUUGGACUCAGAGCAGCACCCUGGGCAGCUCAAGGACAAUGUGUGUUCACCAGGGGGCGCCACCAUCCACGCCCUACAUGUGAUGGAGAGUGGUGGAUUCCGCAGCCUCCUGAUUAAUGCUGUGGAGGCCUCCUGCGUUAGGACUAGGAAACUUCAGUUUCUGGCCGACCAAGAGAAGAUCUCCCGAGCCGCCAUCAAGAAAACAACUCUGGACAAAGUGCUGCAGCAGCCAGGAGUGAAUACAGAAGCUGUUGGAAACAGACCCCGUGGUAUCAGUUUCUUCAACACCAGUAACCCCAGGACCAAGAAGAACUGAUCUUUUUGUUUUUGUUUUGUCAGGCAAAGAAACGACACACUUUAUUGUCACAACACUGACAAUCCAAGAUAUGCUAUAAAUAAACCACUACUGGCAGAUGACAUUACUGUAUGAGCCAUAUUAUAUUUUUGUAAUGAAAUGUUGCUCCUUUUGUAAUGUUUUGUUAGUUUAUUCCUUCCCCCGUUUAAGGUUCGAUUCCUGUGCUGUCCCAUUACUUCCACUGGUGAGUUAAUGGACUUUUGACACAUUCAUAAUUUCAAUAUCUGUAGUUGAUUUCUGAAAUCUUCUGUCAUGUGGUUCUUUUCCAGUUUAAACUGAGACCAAACUAUGCAGUAGGCCUCCACGAAGACAAACGUGUUGGUAUAAAAAAAUAUUUGCUGAUUAAUGAGCUAAUCGACUCGAUUAUUUGAGAACGAUACACAAGAUAAAGAACAAUGUAACUCAUUUGGAGGAGAUAAUCUCAUAAGAUUUUGUUGUGGAAUGCUGGGUAAAUGUUUAUGUUAAGAUAUAGCUGGUUUAAAAUAUAUAUUUAUCAUGGUGGGAUAAAUCAAGUGCCUCUGCUGUGGAAGUGAGUGCCUGCAGUUUCAAAAUUGUCUUUAUAUUUUGCUACUUAAAUCUUUCAUAAACAAACUGAACUUUAAUUUUGGGUUGUACUUAAAAUGUGUGUCUUCGCAUUCACCUUAUAUUAUUAAAAUAUGAAAAAUA